CCCAACUACCAUCUCCAGUCAUGGCAAUUCUUCAGUUCCUUCCUUCACUGCCAUCUCUUCAUCCUACGGCCUGCUUCCGUUCCUUCCCCACAAUUUACAUUCCUAGAGCAUCUAUCAAUGGCGACCACACUGUCUCCUCCCCACCGAAACCCGCUCGCCGUGGCCGGAAAAAGUCUACCUCUACCGCCACAACGACUCCGCCCACUAAAAGUUCCAGUCACACGAAGAAAUCAGAAACAGAAGUAAACAAAAAUGAAAAAGAAGAAGAAGAGGUGGAUGAUUUUGACGAUGGAGUUGAUUUCCCUUACGAAGACCCUCCUCUGAUAUGCUGCUUUGGAGCUGCACAGAAGGAAUUCGUUCCCACAGUUAGGGUUUCAGAUCAGCAAAUGCACCCGGACAUGUACUCAGAGUGGAAAAUGCUGCAGUGGGACCCGCCGGAGUUUGCAAGGGCGCCUGGUGGACCCCCUUCGAAUGUGGCCAUAGCACACGCUAGGCUUGGCGGUAGGGCAGCGUUCAUGGGAAAGGUAGGGGAUGAUGAUUUUGGUCACGAGUUGGUUUUGUUGAUGAAUAAGGAAAAGGUGCAAACUAGAGGUGUGAAAAUUGAUGGAAAUGAGAAAACAGGUUGUGCUUAUAUGAAGAUUAAGUUUGAUGGGAAGGGGAAGAUGAAAGCGGAGAAGGUUAGAGAAGCAGCUGAGGAUUCUUUAAUGAGCUCUGAAGUGAACCUUUCAGUGCUUAAAGAGGCAAGAAUAUUCCACUUCAAUUCCGAAGUCCUUACAUCCGACUCGAUGCAAGCCACCUUGUUUAAAGCAAUAUCAUGGUCUAAAAAAUUCGGCAGCCUUAUAUUCUUCGACAUGAAUCUCCCAUUGCCAUUAUGGAAAUCCCGCCACGAAACAAGGAAAGUGAUAAAUAACGCCUGGGAACAAGCCGACAUCAUCGAAGUUAGCAAACAAGAACUCGAAUUCCUCCUCGAUGAGCACUACCAUGAAAGACGUAGAAAUUACCAGCCGCAAUAUUACGCAGAAACUCACGCUGAAACAAAAGAAAAAGGGAAAGAUUAUUAUCACUACACCCGCGAAGAAAUCUCCCCUUUAUGGCACGAUAAAUUGAAAUUCUUAUUUGUGACAGACGGGACCCUUCGACUUCAUUAUUAUUCUCCGGAUUUUGAUGGGGUCGUGGUUGGGACCGAGGAUGUGCUGAUAACACCGUUUACAUGUGAUAGAACGGGUUCAGGUGAUGCGGUUGUUGCUGCGAUUAUGAGGAAGUUGACGUCCCAACCGGAGAUGUUUGUGAAUCAAGAUGUUCUUGAAAGGCAGCUUCGGUUUGCAGUUGCCGCUGGAAUUAUAGCUCAGUGGACGAUUGGGGCGGUGAGAGGUUUUCCGACAGAAAGCGCUGCUCAAAAUUUGAAAGAACAAGUUUACGUGCCUUCUAUGUGGUAAUGUUUCAAGGUUUGUAGCGGAUAUGAAGCCGAAGAUUUUGUUACAAUUUGAGCUUCUGAAUCGAACGAACCGUUGAGAAAGGACUAGCGCCGUAGCCGUAGCCGUAGCCGUAUAAGCCCAACUGACCACUUUGGUCAUGUUUGGUUCGUCUGGUGUCUGUGGUUCGAUCAUGACCAAGUGGGUUGGUUCGUUUGGUGUUGGUUUAGGUUGUGUUGGCUCUUUGGUGUUAGUUUAGGUUGGGUUUGGUCAUUUGUUGUGCAAUCUGAACAGCGUUUCCAGAAAAUAGAAAUGGAGAAUGAGUUGCCU